AUGGAUGGGUACCUGGGUAUGCGCCGUAUUGAUGGAUUAAAUGAUAUGGCUCGAAGCCAGUUUUGGAAGGUCGCUAUUUGCACGGUGUCCACCACUCGAAAGUACCGAGUCCUAAAUACUGCUUUGUCCCCCGCGGCUCGAGCCGUUGUCGCCGCUGUUGCCAAUCUUCCACUGCUGGACGGGCUGCUACACACGUAUUCUACGCAAUCAGCGACUCCUAGAACCAUGACAGCGGAACCUAAGAAGGCCUGGCCUCGAGAGGGUUACCGACCGGAAUGGCUUGCACUCGAAGACGCAUCUGGCGGCCGAUAUGUCAUGACGGGCGAUUGGGCUGUUGAUGUCCCCACCUACGAUGCAGUCUUUGCCGGGCUUGCGAAACAAUGGCCACCGUUAUCUGAAGAAUUGAAAGUCUGGGAUGAACAGACAGAUAGCCAACAUGGUAAUCUGCCGGUCCGAAUCUACAAACCGGCCUCGGACAAAUCGUUGCCGCUCAUGAUCUACUUUCCUGGUGGAGGAUUCAUUGCUGGCAAUCUUGACACCGAGGACGCUCAUUGCCGGAUAUUCGCCGCCAAAGUGCCCUGUCUGGUCAUCAGCGUCAACUAUCCCAAGGUUCCCAAAGUCAAAUUGGACGACAUCAUCAACCUUGCUAGCCAGGCUGUUCCUUGGUGCCGCAACAGAGCCAAAGAACUAGGAGAUGACCCUUCCAAUACUCUUGUGUGUGGCGGUUCGGCUGGCGCAAUGCUCGCAGCUGAAGUGGCAUACCGCUUUAUGGCCGAGGGCGACCAUACGUCUAUUACUGGCUGCGUUCUGCUGUUUGCCGUAACGCUUUCCUGGAAAUACAAUGGAAAAUACAAGCAUAUGUACACCUCGUGGGAGGACAAUGGACACGCCGGGGUUCCCGUAUUUGGUCAGAAGCUCGCCGAGUUCAUGUGGUCUCAUUUCGACUUGGACUUUGACAGCCCACGACACCUCAUAGGCCUAGCAGAUGACCUGUCCAAGUUUCCCCCCUGCUAUAUCGUCAAUGCGGAGAAGGACUGUUUUCGAGACGAUGCAGUGGUCUUGGAUUACAGACUCAAAGAGAGCGGGGUCAAAAGCAAGCUCGAUUAUUACGAGGGGCUUCCCCAUUAUUUCCAUGCCUUCCCUAGCCUCGCUGUUGCCCACGAGAUGAUGGAGAGGGCCGUUGAAGGAGCUAGAUUCGUCUUGGGGUAG